AAUUGUAUUCACUUUUAUUAAUCAGUUGCUCAGAAAGAAGGAAAUGACAUCUGGUCCUGUCUUCUUCUACAUCUUAAUUUUGGGUAAAUAUUUCCUUCACGGGAGUGGGCAGGAUGUCAAGUGCUCCCUCGGCUAUUUCCCCUGUGGGAAUAUCACCAAGUGCUUGCCUCAGCUUCUUCAUUGCAAUGGUGUGGAUGACUGUGGCAACCAAGCGGAUGAGGACAACUGCGGAGACAACAAUGGAUGGCCUAUACAAUUUGACAAAUACUUUGCCAAUUACUACAAAAUGACUUCCUUGUAUCACUUUGAGACACGAACAUCUGAAUGCCUGGUCAGUUCUGUGCCCGUGCCAUGUCUUUGCCGAGGUUUAGAGGUUGACUGUGAUGAGACCAAUUUACGAGCUGUUCCAUCAGUUUCUUCAAAUGUGACUAAAAUGUCACUUCAGCGGAACUUAAUAAGAAAGCUUCCUCCUGAUGGCUUCAAGAAGUACCAUCACCUUCAGAAGCUGUGCCUGCAAAACAAUAAUAUUAGAUCCAUAUCCAUCUAUGCUUUCAGAGGACUAUACAGUCUUACUAAACUGUAUCUCAGUCAUAACAGAAUAACUUUCUUGAAGCCGGGUGUUUUUGAAGAUCUCCACAGACUAGAAUGGCUGAUAAUUGAAGAUAAUCACCUCAGUCGAAUUUCCCCACUAACAUUUUAUGGACUAAAUUCUCUUAUUCUCUUAGCACUGAUGAAUAAUGUCCUCACCCAUUUGCCGGAUAAACCUCUUUGCCAGCACAUGCCAAGACUGCACUGGCUGGACUUUGAAGGCAACCAUAUCCAUAAUUUAAGAAAUUUGACUUUUAUUUCCUGCAGUAAUUUAACUGUUUUGGUAAUGAGGAAAAACAAAAUUAAUCAUCUAAGUGAAAAUACUUUUGCACCUCUACAAAAGCUAGAUGAAUUGGAUUUAGGAAGUAAUAAGAUUGAAAAUCUUCCACCGCAAGUAUUUAAGGAUCUGAAGGAGCUCUCACAAUUGAAUCUUUCCUAUAACCCAAUCCAGAAAAUUCAAGCAAAUCAAUUUGAUUAUCUUGUCAAACUCAAGUCUCUCAGCCUAGAAGGAAUUGAAAUUUCAAAUAUCCAACAAAGGAUGUUUAGACCUCUAAUGAAUCUCUCUCACAUAUAUUUUAAGAAAUUCCAGUACUGUGGGUAUGCACCACAUGUUCGCAGCUGUAAACCAAACACUGAUGGAAUCUCAUCUCUCGAGAACCUCUUGGCAAGCAUUAUUCAGAGAGUAUUUGUCUGGGUUGUAUCUGCAGUCACAUGCUUUGGAAACGUCUUUGUCAUUUGUAUGAGACCUUAUAUCAGGUCUGAGAACAGACUGCAUGCCAUGUCAAUCAUUUCUCUCUGCUGUGCUGACUGCCUAAUGGGAAUAUAUUUGUUUGUCAUUGGAGCCUUCGAUCUCAAGUUUCGUGGAGAAUACAACAAGCACGCGCAGCUGUGGAUGGAGAGCAUUCACUGUCAGAUUGUAGGAUCUUUGGCCAUUCUAUCCACAGAAGUAUCAGUGUUACUUCUAACGUUUCUGACACUGGAAAAAUAUAUCUGCAUUGUCUAUCCUUUUAGAUGUUUAAGACCUAAAAAAUGCAGAACAAUUACAGUUCUGAUUCUCAUUUGGAUGACUGGGUUUAUCGUGGCUUUCAUUCCAUUGACCAAUAAGGAAUUUUUCAAAAACUACUAUGGCACCAAUGGCGUGUGCUUCCCUCUUCAUUCAGAAGACACAGAAAGUACUGGAGCUCAGAUUUACUCCGUGGCAAUUUUUCUCGGUAUUAACUUGGCAGCAUUUAUCAUCAUAGUUUUUUCUUAUGGAAGCAUGUUUUAUAGCAUUCAUCAAAGUGCCAUAACAGCAACUGAAAUACGGAAUCAAGUUAAAAAAGAGAUGAUCCUUGCCAAACGGUUUUUCUUUAUUGUAUUUACUGAUGCAUUAUGCUGGAUACCCAUUUUUGUGCUGAAAUUUCUUUCAUUGCUUCAGGUAGAAAUACCAGGUACCAUAACCUCUUGGGUAGUGAUUUUUAUUCUGCCUAUCAACAGUGCUUUGAACCCAAUUCUGUAUACUCUGACCACAAGACCAUUCAAGGAAAUGAUUCAUCAGUUUUGGUAUAACUACAGAAAAAGAAGAUCUAUUGACAGCAAAGGAAGUCAGAAAACAUAUGCUCCGUCUUUCAUCUGGGUAGAAAUGUGGCCGCUGCAGGAGAUGCCACCUGAGUUAAUAAAGCCAGCUCUUUUCACAGACCCCUGUGAAUUGUCACUAAUUUCUCAAUCAACUAGACUCAAUUCCUAUUCAUAACGGACUUUGAAACCCAUUUCUACACAGAGAAUAUUAUGGGAUGCUUCGUGAUGGAUUUAUUAGUAUAAAAUGAAUGCCACAAAAUUAAUAAUUUAUAAUGGCUGAGAUAAAACCAUUACAAAGACAUGAGGUUAUUUGGGAAAAAUCAAAGUGACUGAUGCCCAUAUAAAGGGAAAUAAAUUAUACUGAUAAUGUGUAUAUAUUAGUACAUAGUUUGCAUAGGAAAUUAAGAGAAAUCUAUUUCAGAAAGACUCAUUCAUUCUUUUACUAGGCAUUUAUUGA